UUAUCCUGUGCGAGACGGUACCCUAUCGUAUCGCACGUUGCGGUUGGUAACGUUGGCAGCCUAACCUGUCAGAACUGAAACAGUGGAUCCGUGACCGUGAUAAUUCCUCAAGCACGUACAUUGGUUUGUCGCGUUGGGUCGCUGCACCCAUCGUCGUGUGUAAGACAAAUUGUACAGGAUCGAGGUGAUAGGUCCCGGUAACAAAUUUUAUGUAAGGAACAGCAUAACAUCAAUAUCAUUUGUUCCAACGUUCGCGGAACAAAGCUGGUCACCACCGUAUUUUCGUACGAGAGUUGUCCCUCGUUGGCCGUUGUUAUCUUGUUAUGUGGUGGUGAAUAUCAGUAGAAAUUAUAGUAGUGUAUAAUAACAGUGACAGUUACUCGACGAGCAUACAAGAACAGAAUGUCGGGACAUAGAGGCGCUGGAGGAGCUGGAAGUCAUCAAGGUGGUCCUCCAGGCCUCAAACAGAUUGAUUUGGAUCAAAUUUGGGGAGACCUGCGUGAGGGCAUAGAACAAGUUUAUAACAGGCAAUGCAUGUCUAAACCAAGAUAUAUAGAGCUAUAUACACAUGUAUAUAAUUAUUGUACAAGUGUUCAUCAGCAAUUGACAAGAACAUCAACUAAAAGUAAAAAGGGACAAAUUCAGCAAGGAGGUGCGCAGUUAGUGGGUUUGGAGCUGUACAAACGUCUGCGUGAUUUUCUUAGAAAUUAUCUUAUUAAUUUACUUAAACAUGGCAUUGACUUGAUGGAUGAGGAUGUACUACAAUUCUAUACAAGACAAUGGGAAGAAUAUCAAUUCAGUAGUAAAGUAUUAAAUGGUGUAUGUGCAUAUCUUAAUCGUCACUGGGUACGAAGAGAAUGUGAAGAAGGUCGCAAAGGAAUUUAUGAAAUUUAUCAGUUAGCUCUGGUUACAUGGCGAGAUAAUUUAUUUAAGCAUUUAAAUAGACAAGUUACUAACGCAGUGCUUAAAUUAAUCGAGAGAGAACGCAACGGUGAAACGAUAAAUACCCGAUUAGUUAGCGGUGUCAUCAAUUGUUAUGUAGAAUUGGGUUUAAAUGAAGAAGACCCAGGUGCUAAAGGACAAAAUUUAACAGUGUAUAAAGAUUCAUUUGAAAAUAUUUUUCUUGAAGAUACAGAACGAUUCUACACUCGUGAAAGUUCAGAAUUUCUUAGACAAAAUCCUGUAACAGAAUAUAUGAAAAAGGCGGAACAGAGAUUAUUAGAAGAACAAAAGCGAGUGCGUGUUUAUUUGCACCAAACGACUCACGAACGACUGGCAAAAACAUGCGAGAGAGUACUUAUCGAGAAACAUUUGGACAUAUUUCAUUCUGAAUUCCAGAAUCUUUUGGAUGCCGAUAAAAAUACAGAUUUGGGUAGAAUGUAUCAAUUAGUAGCCAGGAUACCAAAUGGCCUUGGAGAAUUGAGAAAUCUGUUAGAAAGUCAUAUCGCUAAUCAGGGUCUGGCAGCUAUAGAUAAGUGUGGUGAUUCUGCAGCUAAUGAUCCCAAGAUUUAUGUUAAUACAAUUUUAGAGGUACAUAAAAAAUACAAUGCUUUAGUAUUGGUUGCAUUUAAUAAUGAUAGCGGUUUUGUUGCGGCCUUGGACAAGGCUUGUGGACGGUUUAUCAACAGUAACUCUGUCACAAGAGCAGCAAACAGCAGUAGUAAGUCGCCUGAAUUAUUAGCUAAAUAUUGCGAUUUGUUGCUUAAAAAAAGUAGUAAGAAUCCAGAAGAGGCAGAACUUGAAGAUACACUUAAUCAAGUCAUGGUAGUGUUCAAAUACAUUGAAGACAAAGAUGUAUUUCAAAAAUUCUACAGCAAAAUGUUAGCAAAACGAUUAGUACAACAUAUGUCUGCUAAUGAUGAUGCAGAAGCUUCCAUGAUUUCUAAGUUGAAACAAGCUUGUGGAUUUGAAUAUACUUCAAAGUUACAGCGUAUGUUCCAGGAUAUCGGUGUGUCAAAAGAUCUAAACGAACAAUUUAAGACGCAUUUGACAAAUUCUGCUGAACCGUUAGACAUAGACUUCAGUAUACAAGUUUUAUCUUCUGGUUCAUGGCCAUUCCAACAGUCCUUCACGUUUUCUUUGCCAACAGAGCUUGAAAGAUCUGUACAUAGGUUUACUACUUUCUAUAGUUCACAGCACAGUGGCAGAAAGUUAAAUUGGCUGUAUAAUAUGUCUAAAGGAGAGUUACAUACGAAUUGUUUUAAAAAUAGGUAUACAUUACAAGCAUCAACUUUCCAAAUGGCAGUUUUGUUAGCAUACAAUGGCUCUACAGCAUGGUCAAUACAACAACUACAGUAUGCAACACAAAUAAAAAUGGAUUUUUAUUGCAGGUUAUUCAAAUACUCUUAAAAGCCAAACUAUUAACUGCAGCUAGUGAUGAUGUAGCUGAAUUGACUCCAUUAUCAACGGUAGAACUUUUUACAGGAUA